AUCAAACUGAAUGGAUUCCAGGUACUCCUGAGCUGUUUGAUGCCUUCAUCUGCCACAGCCGGAGUGAUUGUCCACGAGGCGAUCCACGAGCUGGAACAGUCCAAGUUGCAAAUGAGUGUGUUCGGCAGAGAUGUCGAUGUUUUGAACUUGAAAAAUUGACUAAGAAAACACUGGCACAUGGAGCAGGGUCUGGUCCUUAAACUCCAAGUAGGUCGGCACAAACAAACAGAGCAGCCAAAGCAAAGUCACAUUAAUCUGACGUCUUCACUGCUGUUUUACAGGGUGAUUUUUGAACUUUUGUGGGGGGAUUACUGCAAGUUGACUCUUUCAGGUCAAAGGACUGCAAGACAAAUCUGUGCCACAGAAAAAUGACAUGAAGCUUUUCAAUGCAUGGAAAGAGGGAAGAACGGGAGUGCCCUUUGUGGAAGCCCAAAAUGAGAGAGUUGGCGAUGACAGGUUUCAUCUCCAACAGGGGGCGGCAAAAUGUUGCUAGCUUACUUGCAAAGGAUCUGGUCCUGGCCUGGUGUAAGGGAGCUAAGUGGCUUGAAGACUCUCCGUCAAAUUUUCCUCCAAAGAUUGACCACAAUGUCUGCAGCAACUAUGGCAACUGGUUAUACAGCGCCGCUAUAGGAAAUGACCCCAGAGAGAACAGGAAAUUUAACAUGAUCAAACAAGGCCUCGACUAUGACAAUAAUGGUGACUACGUCCGGCAGUGGGUUCCAGAGUUGCAGGGGAUCAGGGGAGCUGAUGUGCACACACCUUGGACCCUCAGCACUGCUGCGCUGUCACAUGCUCAUGUGUCCCUUGGUGAGACCUACCCCACCCCCAUCGUCAUGGCGCCCGAAUGGAAUAGACACGUUAACAAGAAAUCAAGUGGUAAAAAAAAAGAGGAAGUGGAAAGAAAAGCCUUUCUCACACUCCCACACAGCAUCACGAUAAAGGCAUAGAUUUGUAUUCCUCCAGAAGCAAAAACCUGCUAUCUGCCAUAAAACAAAACAGAUGGAUGAUGCUCAGAGGAUGGAAGUUCCUGUGAUGCAAACCUGGACUGUUGCUGUGAAAUCUGUGUUGCACACUGAAGUGUUGAGUGAGUGGAGUUGUCAUGAGGAUUUGAGGAAAUGCAUGUUCUCACCUUUUAUAGUUCAACUUGACUGAUGUACAUUUACGCCACCAGUUCUCUAGAGAACUAGGCUUUGUGAAGCACCUUUCAUUGACUAUCUGCUGCGCUUCCUGUCACGUUGUAGCAUCAGGGAAAGUCACACUGUGGUUUUUUAUCUUCAUGCAAGGAGUUACAAAAAUCUAUUCACCUAUGUUUUUGUACAAAUUAUUUUCUCACAAAUUUCUUAGUUAGCCAUUUUGGAUACACACUUAUUACUUUGUAUUAAAUUUUAAGCUUUGCUUAUUUGUGGCAGUUACAAAAUAAAACACGAAACGGGAGAGUUUUUCUUAUGUGGUUUUGUCAUGCAACGUAGUAAAUUAAGCCCUUUUAGCAUUAGACUCAAGCUUGAAUGUUGGUUUUAGUUUUAUAUUGAAUAUUGGUAAAGUAAGGAAGUAAAGCAAAUGUUUCUGAAGAUCUAGUUUAACUGUACAUUUCACUGCUGCAAGCUAGUAAUCUAAUUAAUGAGAAGGAUUUGAGGUAGUUUCCGGUCGCCAGACCGUUAGUGCCAGUAAAUUAACAGCUGUAGUGAGUGGAAAUGCACUU